CAAAUUGUGAGGUAGUGCGAGAAAGCCAUGGAAAAUAACGACUGUGUCUGGUGCAUUCUCAUUUACUGUUUGUUUGUCGACCAAACCCAAGGAAAAUUUGUGUUAAUCACGGAUAUUGGUUUUUAUAACGUUAGUUGAGCCGAGAUGUUUAGCUUUGGGUCUCCCAGCAGCUAAAAUGGAGACAGAUGAAGCGUUUAACCAGGCUUACGAAGUGAUCAAGGCAACAUACAGUGGAUUUAUUCCAAUUUGGAUUGGACUCCAAUAUAUCCCAGCAGACGGAACGUUUCGCUGGACAGAUGGGUCAGUGACGUCACGAACUAACUGGUACACGGGUGGAUCGUACAACGAGCCGGAUAACCCGCAGACGGAGCACUGCGUAGCAAUUCAUAAAACUUGGGACAAUUAUGGCUCCAUGGUGACGAGAGAGUGUACUGGAAAGAACUAUAACAUCCUAUGUGGUUCAUACGAGGUAUCAAUGAUCAGAAGUGGGAUAUUUCAUGAUGUUACUAAAUCAGAGAUGGCCAGCGGAACGGAGAUUUUUUCUUUUCCAAUAAAGACAAAACAGGCGUGUGCACGCUCGUGUAGUGUUACCCAAUCCUGCUCUCACUAUCUGAUCACAGCGGACAAGACUCGGUGCGUUUUGUUUUCUGGAAAUACGGCAUCAGGGACAACCAGUUCCGGCUCUCUCUACAUCAGAAUUUGACAAUACUGAGGGACAUGAUGUCAGACAGUAUGUGCAAAUAGCCACUUGACAUCUGAAGUUAAUGAAACUAUCAUACUGACUACUAGGAGACGACGAUGUCAGGACUUGAUAUACAUAGCAGUAUUUGUUCAACAAUGUGACAGGUCCGUAAGAACAAUGUUUAGAGUAGGGGGAAUAACCUCUAAUGGGAAGGUGUUGGGGAAGGGCACAAGUCAUAUUUUUAUCUUCAUUUAAAAUGGGACGAAACAACGUAAAUUUUCAUCAUCGUGUGGGGGCACAGGUUCACGCUUCCCCCACCACCAUCCCGGUUCCUAUGGGCUUGAGUGAUAUUAGUUUAAGUUGUAUGUACUUUGGACACAUCUGUCAUUGCACAAACUGGUGAGUCACUUGUGGAAAUUGUCCACAACUGGUCUAACAAAAGGCUGUGGUAUGUACUACCUUGUCUGUGGGAUGGUGCAUAUAAUGGAAAAAGAGUAGUUCACGGCCUAGCAGCAGAGGGAAUCCUAUUAUUAUCUAAUAGUAUGUCAGUGGACCGUAACCAUACAUACGACGCGAAAUAACCGUGUAUAAACAUAUGUUGAAAGCGUUGCUAAAUAGAACAAGUCUUUAUUCUUUAUCUCAAGAGACCUGAGGUUGUUGUACCUGUGACAUAAAUGGAACGGAAAGUCAAGAAAGUUGUGUGAAUAUUCAGAUCACCAAAGCCGAAAGUCAACUGACCUGGUGCAAUUCGUUCUUGUCCGUCUUGAGUUGUGCGUAAACGUUUCACACAGGACGUGAGGGGCGGGUCCCAAAAGGGGAACUUUUUAAAAUACCGAAUGUAUGUAAUGGUCAUUGUUUAUCUAAUUUGUUAAUAUCAUUAAUAUCGGGGCCCAUUUGUCUCCGAGAUGUGGGGUUAAUGUAGUUAAACAAAAAAUGCAUUUAAACUGUUAUUUCUUCUAUUUCUUCAAAACUACUUGACCAAUUAUAAACACAUAUAUGAAUUUAGUCAUUCUGGUUUUAGUCCCCUACCUGUCCAACUGGAUGAGAUUAUAGGUUUCGUCUCCGUCCCUGUGUCUGUAUUUCUGCCCAUCCGUCCCACGAAUAGUUCCCACAAUGCCUCAAGAUAUUGAGCUGAUAUUUCUUUAUAUAGCUUUAUUGUAUAAUGUUACAAUCAAGUUUGACUAUUCGUGGCGACUUAUCCAUUUUUGACAGCGUUAUGGCCGUUGAAUUUAUGAAAUAUGACAAUUUGUUUGCCGGAUUGGUUGGGGUUUUUUUUUGUGGGGUUUUUUUUUCAGUUUGUUCUUUUUUUCUUUUC